GGGAAUCGUGGCAUUGCUCGAAAAGGACUCAUUUUGCCCGUGAGAACUAAGCCAGCCGCGCAUGACGCAGCCCCCCAGAGGGGCCGCUGCUACUUUGCUACUUUGCUGCUGUUGCUGCUUCCCCAGCAAAAGGGAAAAAAGAGGGUCUCAAGCGUGUUUCAGCCUUCUGGCUGGAUGGGCUGACGCAACGCUAUUUUUGUCGCGAAUAAUGUCUUUCUUCUGGGGUGGGAAAGUGCCUUGUCGAUCAGGAUCAAAUGGAUGGAUUUCCCUGGUUGAUUUCCAGGGAACGGACCAGCUCUGCUAGUCGAUGCACUACGCUGACGCUAAGGAUAUGCCAGA